AUGGACGAAUUACGCGCAAAUGUCCGGUACCUCAACGAAUACAGGGAAGCAAGCUUGUUUUGUUUCACGGAGACCUGGCUCCAUACUGCCAUACCAGAUAGUGCAAUAGAGAUAACAAAUUUUGAAGUUGUCAGAAGUGACAGAACUGCAAAAUCCGGUAAGAAUCGUGGUGGUGGUGUAUGCAUGUUUAUGAAUAAGUCAUGGUGCAAUAACUGGUCAAUUAAAGAAAAGAUAUGUACUGCUGAUUAUGAAUUGCUUAUCGUUGGACUACGCCCAUUCUACCUUCCAAGGGAAUUCGGUCAGAUCUUUAUGUUUGUGGCUUAUGUUCCACCACAAGCCAACAUUAAAUUAGCAAGUGAGAGCAUAGCAACUAAAGUGAAUGAGUAUGAGAACAUUUCUCCAGAUUCAGUUAAAGUCAUUUUGGGGGACUUCAAUAAAUGUAGCCUGCAAUACACACUACCUUCAUAUAAACAGUUUGUUACUCAGAAUACUCGUGAUAAUGCCAAGCUGGAUCUUUGCUACAGCAACGUUCCAAACGCAUUUGUUUCUUCUCUCUGUCCUCAGCUUGGUAACUCUGAUCACUGCAAUAUUCUUCUACGUCCAAAAUACAGACAGCAGCUCAAAUCACGAAAGCCGGUCACCGGAGAGAAGCAGAUCUGGGGCAAGGAUGAAGUGGAGACACUGCGAGCUAGUCUGGAGUGCACUGAUUGGAAUACCCUUCUUGAGUCAGCAGAAUCUGCAGAUGAAACGCUAUCAAUUGUCAACAACUACAUUGAUUUCUGUGUACAAUCUUCCAUACCUGUAAGGAAAUAUAGAGUAUACCCUAACAACAAGCCAUGGAUCACAAGAGAAUUAAAAUUCUUACUGAAACAGAAACGGGACGCUUUUCAUGAUGGUGACAAGGAUCGGAUGAAAGAACUACAGAAGAUACGAAAACAGAUAUCGUGUAGUAAGGAUAGAUAUAGGAAAAAGUUAGAACAGAAUUUUAGAAGUUCGGACCCCAAAGCAGCUUGGAAGAAAAUGCAAUCUAUUACUGGUUAUAAGAAAUCUAACCAAAAUCAAGAGCUUACUGUGCAAUAUAUAAAUGAUCUUUGUGAUUUCUACACUCAGGAGUCCUCACUCUCAGUCAGCAUCAGCUCCGCCGACCAUCUUUUGCAGUGUGUUUAUCGAGGAAUUCCGUACAUGCACGGCAAAACGUGGGACGUAGACGAAUGCACUGCCUGUUCCUGUGAUAGCGGUACGGUUACCUGUGUGACUGAGAGAUGCCAGCCAGCAUUCUGCGCUUCACCAGUAAUACCUGAAGGAGAAUGUUGCUUACUCUGCCCAUACAAUGUCGUGGUGAAGAAAGUCCGGCCUGAAAUCACAAAUGGAGAUACCUUCACAGAGGAAGGGGACAAUCAAAUAAGCGUCAAUGUUUCCAUCAAGUUUCAUGAUGCCACGGACACCACCGGAGUCUCAGGAGAAGACCUUUGGAAACUUUCUGCUUGGGCUUCAGCCAACCCAGACGGCAAUGGACCAAGGAUUGGAUUCGAAGAGGACAUUCUAGAUCUGAAACAAAAAGACCAGGACUUGAAGAGAACAGAAAAAAUCGAGUUUACCGACCUGGACUUCUCCUUUUCCGACCCAAUGGCCGAAUGCGUAGACACGAAGUAUAUCUGUGUGAGGAUCGAGAGGGGAGAUGACCCAAGGACUACCGGGUACAUUGGCUAUACUUUAGGAGGAUACCCUGGCCCCAAUGCACAGACUGGUUGUACAAGAGCUCCAGAAUGUCGACGUAGUCAAGCUCAGGAGUCCUCACUCUCACUCAGCAUCAGCUCCGACGACAAUCUUUUGCAGUGUGUUUAUCGAGGAAUUCCGUACAUGGACUCCGAGUCGUGGGACGUAGACGAAUGCACUACCUGUUCCUGUGAUAACGGUAUUGUUACCUGUGUGAUUGAGAGUUGCCAGCCAGCAUCCUGCACUUCACCAGUAAAACCUGACGGAGAAUGUUGCUACGUCUGCCCAUACAGCAUGUACACUCAGGAGUCCUCAUUCUCAGUCAGCUCCAGUGAGGGUCUUUUGCCGUGUGAAUAUCGAGGAGUUCCGUACGUGGACUCCCAGACGUGGGACGUAGACGAAUGCACUACCUGUUCCUGCGAUAACGGUACGGUUACCUGUGUGACUGAAAGUUGUCAACCAGCAUUCUGCACUUCACCAGGAAAACCUGAAGGAUAUUGUUGCGUCCUCUGCCCAUACAAUGUCGUGGUGAAGAAAGUCCGGCCUGAAAUCACAAAUGGAGAUACCUUCACAGAGGAAGGGGACAAUCAUAUAAGCGUUAAUGUUUCCAUCAAGUUUGAUGAUGCCGCGUACACCACCGGAGUCUUAGGAGAAGACCUUUGGAAGCUUUCUGCUUGGGCUUCAGCCAACCCAGACGGCAAUGGACCAAGGAUUGGAUUCGAAGAGGACAUUCUAGAUCUGAAACAAAAAGACCAGUCCUUGACGAGAAGAGAAAAAAUCGAGUUUACCAAUCUGGACUUCUCCUUUUCCGACCCAAUGGCCGAAUGCGUAGACAUGAAGUAUAUCUGUGUGAGGAUCGAGAGGGGAGAUAACCCAAGGACUACCGAGUACAUUGGCUAUACUUUAGGAGGAUACCCUGGCCCCAGUGCACAGACUGGUUGUACAAGAGCUCCAGAAUGUCGACGUAGUCAAGCCUUAACAGAUGUCGUGGUGAAGAAAGUCCGGCCUGAAAUCACAAAUGGAGAUACCUCCACAGAGGAAGGGGACAAUCAAAUAAGCAUUAAUGUUUCCAUCAAGUUUCAUGAUGCCACGGACACCACCGGAGUCUCAGGAGAAGACCUUUGGAAGCUUUCUGCUUGGGCUUCAGCCAACCCAGACGGCAAUGGACCAAGGAUUGGAUUCGAAGAGGACAUUCUAGAUCUGAAACAAAAAGACCAGUCCUUGAAGAGAAGAGAAAGAAUCGAGUUUACCAAUCUGGACUUCUCCUUUUCCGACCCAAUGGCCAAAUGCGUAGACAUGAAGUAUAUCUGUGUGAGGAUCGAGAGGGGAGAUAACCCAAGGACUACCGGGUACAUUGGCUAUACUUUAGGAGGAUACCCUGGCCCCAGUGCACAGACUGGUUGUACAAGAGCUCCAGAAUGUCGACGUAGUCAAGAUGUCGUGGUGAAGAAAGUCCGGCCUAAAAUCACAAAUGGAGAUACCUUCAGAGAGGAAGGGGACAAUCAAAUAAGCGUCAAUGUUUCCAUCAAGUUUCAUGAUGCCACGGACACCACCGGAGUCUCAGGAGAAGACCUUUGGAAGCUUUCUGCUUGGGCUUCAGCCAACCCAGACGGCAAUGGACCAAGGAUUGGAUUCGAAGAGGACAUUCUAGAUCUGAAACAAAAAGACCAGUCCUUGAAGAGAAGAGAAAGAAUCGAGUUUACCAAUCUGGACUUCUCCUUUUCCGACCCAAUGGCCAAAUGCGUAGACAUGAAGUAUAUCUGUGUGAGGAUCGAGAGGGGAGAUAACCCAAGGACUACCGGGUACAUUGGCUAUACUUUAGGAGGAUACCCUGGCCCCAAUGCACAGACUGGUUGUACAAGAGCUCCAGAAUGUCGACGUAGUCAAGGAUUGGAUUCGUAGAGGAUAUUCUAGAUCCGAUACAAAAAGACCAGCACUUCAUGAAAAGCAAAAAAUUCGAGUUUAACGAUCUGGACUUCUCCUUUUCUGACCCGAUGGCCGAGUGUGAAGACAUGAAGUAUAUCUGUGUGAGGAUCGAGAGGGGAGAUAACCCAAGGACCACUGGAGACCUCGGUUAUACUUUAAGAGGAUACUCUGGCUCGAGUUCACAGACCGGUUGUACUGAAACCCCAAAAUGCCACCACGAUCGAGAUAUUUUUAGUUCGCUACUGUCAAAAGUUUUUCAGGAAGCUCGUGGAAAGAUGAUUAUGAAUGUAUUCAUUUCCGAUUCUGAUUGUUGAUUCCCGAUGUAUUACAGAAUCGUCUUUAUUUUUUUCUAAGCAUCCAAAACACUUUAUAACGCUUUAUGGCUGAAUUAACAUUAAAUCUGUAAAAUCGUUCGGACCUUUGACUUUAACAAACCAGGGGGAUGUUUCACAAAGAUUUAGGUAUGACUUAAGUCGCACUUAAAUGCUGACGAAUAUACGAUAUACUAGGCGCGAUCUUAUUGACCAAUACGAAGUAGUGGGUGUCGUCAUGACACGAUCUGACCAAUGCGGUCAAGUCUUUCAUACUGCACGCAACUAGACAUUUAAGGGCGACUCUAAGUUAAACUUAAGACUUUGUAACCCCCCCCCGACGUUAUAUGAGAGAUCACGUUACCAUGUCAAUAAUGAUGAAUGUUAGCGCAUUUUUUUGGUAAAUUAAUCUCCCAACACAGUGCAUUUCAAUAAAGAAAUUCUACACUUUUGGGGAAAAAGUCUUUGGAAUUAAAAAAGAUAGUACAUGAGGUUAAUUAUUUUUCCCCAUCAGAUAAAAGUAAAAACAAAAAAUUGACACAAUGUUUCAAUUGGGCAGUGGCGCAU